GCAAAAAUCCCAUUAUGAAUGGCCUAAGUAACAGGAUAGCACCCUUUCAGACUCUCCUCUAUUCUCCAUAAAAGUUUUGUCCAGGCUCUUCCACAUAAUUCCUUCCCAUAGCUAUUUUCAAUUAAUUAUAUUCGAUUCGGUAUUAGUCAUCACCACAUCAAUGGCUUCUUCCUACAAGAAAUACCAAAUCAGAAACCAAAACCCUAACCCCAAAACCUCCGUCUUGUUAGUAAUCGAUAUGCAGAACCACUUCUCCUCCAUCGCCAAACCAAUAAUCCCAUCAAUCACGACAACCAUCAAUACCUGCCGCCGUGCUUCCAUCCCGGUCAUCUUCACUCGCCACUGCCACAAGUCCCCUGCCGAUCACGCCAUGCUUGGGGAGUGGUGGGGCAACGAUCUGAUCAUCGACGGAACGCCGGAUUCCGAGCUGAUGCCGGAGAUUGGGCGGCGGGAGGAGGAAUUGGUUGUGGAGAAGAACACAUAUAGUGGGUUUAGAGGAACGCAGCUGGAGGAGCGGCUGAAGGAUAUGGGAGUGGAGGAGGUGAUCGUGACAGGUGUGAUGACGAAUCUGUGUUGUGAAACGACGGCGAGGGAAGCUUUUGUGAGAGGGUUUAGGGUGUUUUUCUCAACUGAUGCUACGGCGACUUCGUCGGAGGAGCUGCAUCAGGCGACGUUGAUGAAUAUGGCUUACGGGUUUGCCUAUCUGGUUGAUUGUAAAACCCUUCAAACUGCUUUUUUAUCUUCUAUGUAAUCGUUUCUUGCCAUCACCAGCAUUUUAUCCUAAGGUCUAUAAAUAAAUAAGAUGAGGACAUUUUAUGUCAUUACACUUAAUAAA